AUUUCCCCGUAGAAGCAGACAAGCAGACUACACACACGCGUGCUUCUUUCGAAACUGAGCAUCUACAAACCCAGGCACAUUACGCUUUUUAUAGCAACACCUUUUUACCAACACUCGCUCCACUCUCCUAUUCAUCCUUCAAAAGCAUUCAUCCAUCACUUAUUGUCACCAAUCUUCUAAAAGAAAGCCAUAAGCUGCUUGGCAAGCAUAAUUACCUUUCACAAUGUCAUUCAAUGAUCUAGAAAGAGGCGCAACAUCCUCACCACCUCCUAUUCGAUCAAGUAGCAACAACAGCAACAACAACAACAACAAUAAUGCUGGUACAGGUGGAUUGAACGGACAACAAUACUUGAACGGAAGUGGACGUUCAAACAGAAACAAUAAUGCAAGAGGUCCUUUACCUUUGUAUCAUGCACCCCGGUCAUCAUCCGAUUCAGGCAAUCAUGAAACACCUUCAGCACCUGUACAAUCCGAUCCAGAAUUCAAACGAUUGGCAGAACGGAUUGGAAUACAAGUGUUCAAGUUGAACAGUAAUGUACAAGGGAUCGAUAAACUUGUAGAAUUGCAAUUACGAAAGAUGAGAAGUAGCGGUAAUCAAACAGCGGCCACAACGAAAGCAUCCGAUAAAGAUUGGACAGCGCAAAUUCACGAUUUAACAGAAUCUACUCGAGCAUUAGUGAAAGACUUGAGUGGAUCAAUAAAGGGUUUGGCAGGUUUUCAACCCUCUUCACUUUCUCAGACAGAUCGUUUGACAGCAAUAAAGUUACAGAGGGACUUUGAAAGUGCAAUCAAUGCAUUUGCCAAGGCACAGAGAGAAAGUGCAAAAUUGAGCAGAUCCAUGUUAGAUGGAGCAAAGGAAGAGCGGGAAAGGACAUUACGUGCUGCAUCCUCUUCUUCAGGACAAGAUGCAAACAAGGUUGCUGUGAAUGAAACACUUGUUCAGAUUGAUGACGCACAAUCACCAGAAGGACAACAACAACUUCAACAACAGGAACAGAGACAAUCCAACGAACCAAGUCAAGCAGAAAUUGAAUUCCAAGAAACCCUAAUUGCAGAACGAGAAAGUGAAAUUCGCGAAAUCGAAAGUGGUAUUCAAGAAUUAAAUGAAAUUUUCCGUGAUUUAGGACAUAUUGUUCAAGAACAAGGAGGAAUGAUUGAUAAUAUCGAAUAUAACGUUCAAACGAUUGCAACGAAUACCGGAGCUGCUGAUCGUGAAUUGGUCUCUGCUAGUGAUUAUCAAAGAAAGGCCGGAAGAAGGGCAGCUUGUUUGAUGUUGGUCGUUGGAUUCGUUGUGGCUGUCGUUCUAUUAGCAAUCCUUUCUUGAUAAUUAUCAUGUACAUUAUGGUUUACAGUGAUCGUGUUCUACAAUCUAUACUUUCAUCUUUUAAUAGCAUGCUCUUAAAUGCAAAG